AUGACUCAUGGCUUCGGGGUUCAGCAAGACGCGAGUCUUAGUGUAUUUUGGAAAGGAUGCGAGUUGGUCGAUGACUGUCUCAAUACCUUUGACCAAACGGAUGAGUUCUGCUUAAUCGGAAGUCUAUCCAUCAAAGAGAACCAGAAAACCUUUUGUUUCAAUUCUUCUUUGUUUACUUAUUUCAUGUCUGUAUUUUUAUUAAUUACUUCAAGGAUGUAUUCUCGCUCUGAAUUGUUUUUGUACGAUCAUUUCUUCAUUUCUUUUUAUCCCGAAAUCAGCAUCUUUUUCUUCUCUUUGUCUUAUUUUUCUCUUUUUAUUCUUUCUCUUUUUCUUCUCUUCUUUUUCUUUCGUCUUUUUUCUUACUUUUUUCCGUCUCUCUUUAUUUUAAUUAUUUAUUUAUUUAUUUUUCGUUUUUCGGCUUUCUCUUAUUUUUUUUUUUUUAUUUCGGUACCUUAUUUUUCGACUCUCCUUUUUUUUAAAAUCGCCUUUUUUGUCUCUCUCUAUCUAUCUCUCUCUCUCUCUUCUAGUCUUUCUAUUUUUGGUUCUAUAUCUAAUUUUUCGCCUCUUUUUUCGGUCUCUUUUCUUCGUCUCUCACUCUAUCUCUAUCUCUCUAUCUCUCCCUUUCUCUCUCUCUCUCUCUCUCUCUCUCUCUCUCUCUCUUCUUGUCUCAUUUUCGGUUCUAUAUCUAUCUCUUUUUUUCGACCUUUUUUCAACCUCUCUCUCUCUCUCUCUCUCUCUCUCUCUCUCUCUCUCUCUCUCUCUCUCUAUUUCUAG